GGGUGAGCUCUGUGGGAGCACCAGCGCCAGGGGAAGAUGCCUGUCGUGUGGCCGACGCUUCUGGAUCUCAGCAGGGAUGAGUGCAAGAGGAUCCUUCGCAAACUGGAACUGGAGGCAUAUGCAGGUGUCAUCAGUGCCUUACGUGCACAGGGAGACCUUACGAAGGAGAAGAAGGAUCUUCUUGGAGAACUCUCUAAAGUGCUUAGUAUUUCAACGGAAAGACAUCGUGCCGAAGUUCGGAGAGCAGUAAAUGAUGAACGAUUAACAACUAUUGCACACAAUAUGUCUGGACCAAAUAGCUCUUCAGAAUGGUCUAUAGAAGGACGUCGACUGGUGCCACUGAUGCCACGGCUUGUCCCACAAACAGCUUUUACUGUCACAGCUAAUGCUGUUGCCAACGCAGCUGUCCAGCACAAUGCAUCUCUUCCAGUCCCCGCAGAAACCGGAAACAAAGAAGUGGUGGUUUGCUAUUCCUACACAAGUACCACUUCAACCCCAACAUCUACCCCUGUUCCAAGUGGCAGUGUAGCAACAGUGAAGUCCCCCAGACCUGCCAGUCCAGCCUCCAGUGUAGUCGUCUUGCCAAGUGGAAGUGCAGUUUACGUCAAAA